GGUCCUUGUACACGAAUCGCCCAAUGAGAGCGCGCCUUUGAUGUCACGUGAUGAGCCGGACCCAAUCGCCGUUCGUAAUUUCAAACACUCGUCCUCUCUUUGUCCUAGGGGUCAGAAGCGUACAAACAACGUAUUUUGAUCAAAAAUUUAAAAAUAAUCGUUGGAAAUUUUAAAUGUUAGUAGCUUAAAAAGGCGAGAAAUUCAUGUAAGUAGAUUAAUAUAUAUAUUUGAUAAGGUGUAACGUCCGAUGGAGGUAGACGCUUGUCAAGUACGUUGACAGGAGUACGUUUGGCGUUGCCGUCGUCGACAUCGAAAGUGUUUUUCUGCUCGUUUGCGAGUAACGUGCGUCGAAAUGACUGUCACUCGGUUUACGUUAACAUCAACGUCAUCAUCGUCGUCAUCAUCAUUCGUGACAUACUUCCUGUAAUAGAGCAGCAUCCCCGAACACGUGGAUCUUCACGAUGGAUUUAUACGAAGACACCUUCAAGUUGCAGGACAUGAUCGAUUCCGACAUACGCACCGAGCUGGAUUUUCCGUCGGAUAUAGCAGAUAUAUCGGACCUGCCCAUACUGACUGCCCUGACGCCGGCUGAGCCCCUGGAUAACUGUUCGGAGGGCGAAAACUGGUCGCAGAACUCCCACCUGUACGGCAUCGACGUGGACGCGGGAGGCGGCAUCCUGGUCAAUCCCCAGACCGGGGUGCCCAUAGGUUUGAUCCAGCCCCAGAGCACCUCGGCGCCGACGUCCGCGGUCACCCUGUCCGUGGUGUCCGCGCAGCCCAUCUCGUCCUCGCCGACCUUGGUCAUGGCCCAGCCCGCCACGGUGCAGAUAACGCACAUAGUGACGCCGCCGAACGUGUCCGAGGGAUUCGUCCGGCGGGUCGACCGGCAGCGGCUCAACAUAACCGUGCCCGUGCCCGCUCCCUCCUCCGGUGCCGACGACGCCGAUCCCUGCGUCACCGGUCUGCCUCGGGUCGUCAUUCGUAAUCAGAAGACCGACGGUAACGUUGCUAGUCUCAAGGCCAAGCAGAAGGGAAAGGGGUCCAACAACAAUAACAAGGACGGUUUGGGAAGGAACGACGGCCAGAUGUUUCCAGACAAGUUCUAUCCCAAGCCCGCCUAUUCUUACAGUUGCCUCAUAGCCAUGGCCCUCAAGAACAGUCAGACGGGAAGUCUGCCCGUCAACGAGAUAUAUAACUUUAUGAUAGAGAAUUUCCCAUAUUUUAAAACUGCUCCAACAGGAUGGAAGAAUUCUGUACGACACAAUCUUUCUCUCAACAAGUGCUUUGAAAAAGUGGAACCACCAGUCGGUAACGGUUCUCAGCGUAAGGGUUGCCUAUGGGCAAUGAACCCAGCCAAAGUGGUAAAGAUGGAUGAAGAAUUACAGAAGUGGAGUAAUAAAGAUCCUAUAGCCAUUCGUCGGAGUAUGGCAAAUCCAGAACGGCUAUCUCUUCUGGAAAAGGGACAUCUUAAGAAGAUGACCACGGACGAGAGUGCCAACCAGAAAGAUGAGAAAAUAGAAAAUUCAACUCCAAAAGAUUUAGACAACGUGAGCGAAAUGAUAGACAUGAAUAUAAUUGAUACGACAAAAGUCGAAUCAAUCACUGCCGACCUGCCACCAAUCGAAGGAUCGUUGAACUUGGAUCCUUCUCUGCAUGGUAUAGAUCUUCAGAAAGGAAUCUGGGAAGAACUCUGUGAUGAUCGUCUUCAGUUUCUACACGACGCAUUGUCUCCUUCCACUCCGUCUCCUACGCUCGAAAGCGACUGCGAGAAACAAGUAUUAUCGCCGGAUACAAAGAGCUUGUCAUUUGUACAUGGUAAUUACAUUUACAGCCACGCCGACGACGACAAAACACUUAAUUCCUUAAACACUAGCCAGCAGUUAUUAUUAAAAUUACCAUCUGUUACAGAGAUCUCAGAUGAUAUUGAAACCAAAUGUAGUUCGUAAAAUUACAAAUUUUUAAAUACUACAAAAAAAAAAAAAUUACACACAUUCCAUCAAAUUUCGACCAAAAAAAAAAAAAUUCAAUCGGCCGUCCACAC